AUAAAAGAAGAAAACCAAUUUCUUACCCAUCCUCUUCAUUUUUUCUUCCUUCUAAGAAUUUGAAUAAUGGCCAUGCUUGGCGGUCUGCAGGAAUCACGUGGCGCCGAGAACAGCGUCGAAAUUGACGAACUCGGUCGUUUCGCCGUCCAAGAACACAACAAGAAACAGAAUGCGGUGCUUGAGUUCGCGAGAGUGGUGAAGGCGCAAGAGCAGGUGGUGGCUGGUACUUUGCAUCAUCUUACCAUCGAGGCUAUUGAAGCAGGGAAGAAGAAACUUUAUGAAGCAAAGGUUUGGGUGAAGCCAUGGAUGAAUUUCAAAGAUUUACAGGAAUUUAAGCACGUUGGCGAUUCCCCUCCCGCAUUUACCUCUUCUGAUCUCGGUUGUAAGAAAGAUUGCCAUGGACCUGGAUGGCGAGAAGUACCAGCUCAUGAUCCUGCUGUUCAGGAUGCAGCUAAUCAUGCUGUUCAAUCCAUUCAGCAAAGGUCCAAUUCCCUCUUCCCCUAUGUGCUUCAGGAGAUCGUUCAUGCAAAAGCUGAGGUAAUAGAAGAUCUUGCUAAGUUUAACAUGCUUUUGAAAGUGAAGAGGGGAGACAAGGAGGAGAAGUUCAAGGUGGAGGUACACAAGAAGACUGGGGGAACCUUCCAUCUCAAUCAGAUGGAACAGGAUCACUCUUGAAGCUUUGCGUUAGCCGGUACAUGACACAACACCGGUUGUCUCGUUUGGGAUUUCUGUUUGAGUUGAUGUGCAACUUACAUAAAAUCUGUACUAUGUUUCAACUUCAAAUUAAAUAUUUGGCAAAAUGGCACAGCUAUUGCUAGUCACCUUCAAAUUA